AGUCGUUCAGCCUCCAGCCAGAUCGAAUCACUUGGUCGUGUCAAUCAAAACAAAUACUCACAUUAUAAUGCAUCGUGAAUGUCUUAUCGGUGUCGUCACCUGUCUGCUGCUGGGUCUCCCCAACUCUCAAAGUCAGAGCAUCGCAGGUGAUAAUGCCACCUUGAAUCAGCCAGAGGUGCGGGGCAAUAAGUUCCUCUACUUUGGGUUCGGGAGCAAUAUGCUGGCCAAGAGGAUCCACAUCCAGAACCCCACGGCGGUCAGAAUUGGUCCCGCCCUGCUUUCCGAUUACCGGUUGGACUUCGCCUUCAUCUCGGAUCGGUGGGGAGGAGCCGUGGGCACCAUUGUCCCCACCCAGGGAGACAGUGCGUGGGGAACCCUCUGGGAGAUAGACCUCGCCAACCUGCCGGAUAUAGACAACCAAGAAGGCGUCCAUCUGGGCAUCUAUGAGCCCCGCACCGUGUUCGUGAAACUCCGAGGUGACUCUGAGCUAACUCCUGCCCGAGCCUAUCUACUGACCAAACAGCCGGAGAGCAAUCUCUACGAGCUGUCGAGGGAUUCUGUUCCUGCAUCCCGUCAGCCCUCGAAAACAUAUCUGCAAUGCCUGGUCAAGGGCGCUAUCGAGAGCUCCAUUCCGGAGGACUAUGUGCGGCGGUUAAGGGGCAUCAAGCACAAUGGGCAGGUGAAUAGAGCAAUGGAGCAGAAACUGGAAUUACAGAAUGUCGCACUCUAAACUACACUCUUGCAGAGGAAUUUCUAUUUUCAAAUUCAAAAGUUAAGCAAUUGAUCAAAAAUAAACUAAAUAUAUAAAAAA